CCCCCUCCUUCCGGAUAUCACUGGAAUAAAUGCCUUGGGGCUCUGGCGAGAAGGCACCCACAGCAGGUGUUGUGUUCUCGUGGAUCCGUCGCUCUUCAGUGCUGAAACUCGAGUUACCAGAGAGGCAUCAUGGUCUUUUGGAAAUUCUCACCCUUCCUGGCUGUCAGCAUCUUGGUCCUAUGCCAGGCAGUCAGCCUCCCAGCAGCACCAUUCAGGUCUGCCUUGGAGAGCAUUCCAGACCUGACCGCACUGGGCGAGGAGGAAGCACGCCUCCUGCUGGCUGCACUGGUGAAGGACUAUGUGCAAAUGAAGGCCAGUGACCUGGAACAGGAGACAGGGGGCUCCAGUGCCACUGCCCAGAAGAGAGCCUGCAACACUGCCACCUGCGCGAGCCAGAGGCUGGCAGGCUUGCUGAGCAGGUCAGGGGGUGUGGUAAAGGACAACUUCGUGCCCACCAAUGUGGGUGCCCAAGCCUUUGGCCGGCGCCGUAGAGACCUUCAGGCCUGAGCAGCUAGAGAGCCCAGGAAGAAGGUAACCAUGAAGCUGAACUCACCACUUCUAUUAAUUUCUGUUGACAACAACUGGGUGGGAAGGCCCCAUGGAAGAUACACACGUUUGCAUCUAGAAGCACCAUUUGUCAUUUGAAAGGAAUGAAACUGAAUGCAAAAUAAGCUAAUUCCAUAUUUGUUGUGCAUCAUUUUUAUAUUUAAUGCUAUGUUCAGUAAAUGUGAUGGCAUUUCCCAUUGGCUUAUCUAAUAGCAAAUUGGUUCUUUGAGGACCAUCCUGUUGAUCAUGGUAGCUCUGCCAAACUGUAGGGGACACGAAAUCACUGCCUCUUGUAGCCUCUGGGAACACAGAUGGUAAGGUGAUGUUGUGCCUUGUUGUCUAAGAACACGAUUGUGCAGUUUGUUUAAGGAAAUGUCAAAAUUGUGUCAUUUGUGAACUUCAUCAAGAUUAAAAACAUAUUUUCGAUA